CCACCUCAUACGCCGAUAUCACGUGUUAUGUCAUGUGAUUGUACUGCGCUCCGCCUUCUCUAUGUCGGAACCUGGGCUGGGUGCCUGUGGUGCAGCUGAUUGGGGUGUGGAAGUACUGGAAGAAACAUGGCGGCGCACAGAGGCGCUCUGGUGAGGUGCAGGAUCUGAUUUCCCGUACCUGCAAAGUAGAGUGCGCUGGAGCGCAAACAUGGAGACAGAGGAGGAACAGCAUAUGACCACACUGUUAUGCAUGGGGUUUUCUGACCCUGGCGCUAUCCGCAAGGCCCUGCGUCUGGCUAAAAAUGACAUAAACGAGGCGGUGGCUCUGCUGACCAACGAGAGGCCCGGGCUGGACUAUGGCUAUGAGCCUAUGGACAGUGGAAGUAGAAGCAGUAAUGACAGUGGCAAUCGCGGCAGUGGAGGCUUUGACCCUCCCCCUGCCUACCAUGAGGUUGUGGAGCCUGAGAAAAAUGAUGAAAAUGGAAAUUGCUCAGGAGAAAAUAUUGAAUUUCCCACCACUAAUCUUUAUGAACUUGAAAGUCGUGUCCUCACUGAUCAUUGGUCCAUACCAUACAAAAGAGAAGAAUCACUCGGAAAAUGCUUGAUCGCUUCCACUUACUUGGCAAAACUUGGUAUUUCAGAUUCUGAUGAAAACUGCAAAAGAUUUAUGGAUAGAUGUAUGCCGGAAGCUUUUAAAAAGUUGCUGACAUCCAGUGCUGUACAUAAAUGGGGCACAGAGAUCCAUGAGGGAAUCUACAACAUGUUGAUGUUACUGGUAGACCUGGUUGCAGAGCGAAUAAAACAGGAGACAAUUCCUACUGGUCUUCUGGGUGUUCUUACCAUGGCUUUUAACCCUGACAACGAGUACCAUUUCAAGAAUAGAAUGAAAGCAUGCCAGAAAAACUGGUCUGAUGUAUUUGGAGAAGGAAAUACGUAUGCUGUAUCACCACCAAGUAGUAUGCAAAAGGAACCUCAUGGCUGGCUUGUUGAUUUAGUAAACAGGUUUGGAGAGUUAGGUGGCUUUUCAGCAAUUCAGUCUAAGCUAAAUUCUGAAGAUAUUGAACUUGGGGCUGUAUCAGCACUGGUUCAACCACUGGGUGUAUGUGCAGAAUACCUCAAUUCCUCCACUGUACAGCCUAUGCUAGAUCGUGUAAUACACAAGAUGAUUAAGUAUGUACAGAGUGUAGAAGAGAAGGACCUUAAGGACAAGAGGUUGGUUAGUAUCCCAGAACUUCUGUCUGCCAUCAAAUUACUAUGCAUGCGCUUCCAACCUGACCUAGUCACAGCAGUUGAUGACCUGCGACUGGAUAUUUUGCUCCGCAUGCUGAAGUCUCCACAUUUCAGUGCAAAAAUGAAUUCGCUAAAAGAAGUAACUAAACUGAUUGAAGACAGCACUCUUUCAAAAUCUGUAAAGAAUGCUAUAGAUACUGAUCGACUACUGGACUGGCUUGUAGAGAAUUCUGUCCUAUCGAUAGCAUUAGAAGGAAACAUAGACCAAGCACAGUACUGUGACCGAAUAAAGGGAAUCAUUGAACUUCUUGGCAGUAAAUUAUCUUUGGAUGAGCUUUCUAAAAUAUGGAAAAUACAGUCUGGACAGUCUUCUACUGUGAUUGAAAAUAUUCAUACCAUUAUUGCUGCUGCAGCUGUAAAGUUUAACUCUGAUCAACUCAGUCAUCUUUUUGUGCUCAUUCAAAAGUGCUGGGAAAACGAGAGUGACAGAGUUCGACAAAAGCUGUUAAGUCUCAUUGGUCGUAUUGGUCGUGAAGCCCGCAAUGAGACUACCACUGCAAAGGUUUUGGAAGUGCUGUGGGAAUUAGCUCAUCUGCCAGCAUUGCCAUCCAGUUUAAUUCAGCAAGCCUUAGAUGAGCACCUAACAAUUCUUUGUGAUGCUUAUGCAGUGAAAGAGACUAUAAAAAGAAGUUACAUUAUAAAAUGCAUUGAAGAUAUUAAAAAGUCAUCCCAACAUAAUAAUCCCCAGGUUGUAUGGGUAGUUCCAGCUUUACGGCAGCUACAUGAAAUUACUCGUUCUUUCAAUAAGCAAACUUAUCAAAAGCAAGACAAGAGCAUCAUCCAAGAUCUUAAGAAGAAUUUUGAGAUUGUGAAACUGGUGACAGCAAGUUUAGUGGCCUGCCAUCGAUUGGCAGUGAAUGCUGUGGGUCCUGGAGGGCUUUUUGGAUCCACUUUGGUUGAUGGCAGAUACACUUACCGGGAGUAUUUGGAGGCACACCUGAAAUUCCUGGCAUUUUUCCUGCAAGAAGCCACACUUUAUCUUGGUUGGAGUCGGGCAAAAGAGAUCUGGGAAUGUCUUGUUACUGGACAUGAUGUCUGUGAACUUGACCGUGAAAUGUGUUUUGAAUGGUUUACAAAGGGACAGCAUGACCUGGAGAGUGAUGUCCAGCAACAGCUUUUUAAAGAGAAAAUUCUAAAACUGGAAUCAUAUGAAAUAACAAUGAAUGGAUUCAAUUUAUUUAAGACCUUUUUUGAAAAUGUUAAUCUUUGUGACCAUCGCUUAAAGCGACAAGGUACUCAGUUGCUUGUGGAAAAACUGGAAUUAAUUGGUAUGGAUUUUAUUUGGAAGAUUGCUGUUGAAUCUCCAGAUGAAGAAAUAGCCAACGAAGCUAUUCAACUGAUAAUAAAUUAUAGUUACAUUAAUCUCAAUCCUAGGCUAAAGAAAGAUUCAGUUCCAUUGCACAAAAAGUUCAUUGCUGAUUGCUACACACGAUUAGAGGCAGCCAGUUCUGCUCUUGGUGGCCCUACACUAACACAUGCAGUCACAAGAGCAACAAAGAUGCUAACAGCAACUGCCAUGCCUUCUGUCGCAACCUCGGUACAGUCCCCUUACAGGUCUACAAAAUUAGUGAUAAUUGAAAGACUUCUGUUGCUUGCAGAGCGCUAUGUGAUAACAAUAGAGGAUCUUUACUCGGUUCCCCGAACUAUACUACCUCAUGGUGCCUCUUUUCAUGGACAUCUUUUAACUCUCAACCUUACUUAUGAGUCUACCAAAGAUACUUUCUCCUUAGAGGCUCACAGCAAUGAAACAAUAGGGAGUGUACGGUGGAAGAUAGCAAGACAUCUCAACUGCCCUGUUGAAAAUGUACAGAUAUUUGCAAAUGAGAGCUUGUUAACUGUAAAUAAAGACCAGAAGCUACUACAUCAGUUGGGUUUUUCCGAUGAACAAGCACUUACUGUAAAGACAUUAGGAGGUGGAACUCCAUCUGGAAGCUCUACAGAUGCUUCUUGCAGUUCGGGCACUAGUAGUGGUGUCUUCAGCUCAUCAUAUGCUAUGGACCAGGAAAAAUCCCUACCAGGAGUAGUGAUGGCACUUGUUUGCAAUGUAUUUGAUAUGCUCUACCAGCUCGCCAAUCUAGAGGAACCAAGGAUAACUGUAAGAGUCCGAAAGCUUCUGCUACUGAUUCCAACAGACCCUGCUGUUCAGGAAGCUCUCGACCAGUUAGACUCUCUUGGCAGAAAGAAUACACUACUUUCAGAAACCCAAGCUUCACAGUCUUCAAAAUCUCCAUCAUUAUCUUCAAAGCAACACCACCAGCCAAGUGCCAGUUCUAUCUUGGAGAGCUUGUUUAGAUCAUCUGCUCCAGGGAUGUCUACCUUUAGGGUGCUCUACAAUUUGGAGGUCUUGAGCUCCAAACUCAUGCCAACUGCUGAUGAUGAAAUGGCGAGAAAUUGUGCCAAGUCAUUCUGUGAAAAUUUUUUAAAAGCUGGUGGACUUAGUUUGGUGGUUAAUGUCAUGCAGAGGGACUCAAUUCCAUCCGAAGUGGAUUAUGAAACUAGACAAGGAGUCUACUCAAUCUGUCUUCAGCUUGCACGGUUUUUAUUGGUUGGACAGACUAUGCCAGCCACUUUAGAUGAGGACCUGAAUAAGGAUGGCAUUGAGAGCCUUUCUUCCAGACCUUUCCGCAAUGCAGGUCGCCAGUCUAGCCGUCAAAUGUCUCUUUGUGGGACACCUGAGAAAUCAUCUUAUCGUCAGCUUUCCGUUUCUGACCGGUCAUCCAUCAGGGUAGAAGAAAUUAUUCCUGCGGCUCGUGUUGCUAUUCAGACAAUGGAAGUAAAUGAUUUCACGUGCACAGUGGCAUGCUUCAUGAGGCUUUCUUGGGCAGCAGCUGCUGGAAGACUGGACCUUGUCGGUAGCAACCAACCUAUAAAAGAAAGUAACACGUUGUUUCCUGCAGGGCUGCGCAGCAGACUAAGUAGUUCAGGAAGCAACUGUAGUUCAGGAAGUGAAGGAGAAUCUACAUCUCUGCAUGCCUGGAUCUGUGUAAGGCAACAAUCUGUAUCAACCAAAGAUGCUAUAAUUGCUGGUGAGGCAUUGUCUCUUCUGGUAACAUGCCUGCAGCUGCGCAGUCAGCAGUUGGGAUCAUUUUAUAACCUGCCUUCUGUUGCUGAUUUCACCAUUGAUAUCCUUCUUGGAUCACCAAGUGCUGAGAUUCGUCGGGUUGCCUGUGACCAACUAUAUACUCUUAGUCAAACAGACACAUCUUCUUAUCCUGAAGUACAAAAGCCAAACCUAUUUCUGCUUACUGUCAUCCUGUCUGCACAGCUACCCCUCUGGUCUCCAACCAGCAUAAUGAGAGGCAUUAACCAGAGGUUGUUGGCACAGUGUACAGAGUAUUUUGAUUUGAGAUGCCAACUCCUAGAUGACCUAACCUGCUCAGAAAUGGAACAGCUUAAUGUCAGUCCGGCAACCAUGUUGGAAGAUGAAAUCACGUGGCUGGAUAAUUUUGAACCUAAUCGUACAGCUGAAUGUGAAACAAGUGAAGCUGACAAUGUUUGGCUUGCAGGACACCUUAGGCUUAUCAAAACUCUCCUCUCACUGUGUGGCGCUGAAAAGGAAAUGCUUGGUCCUUCACUUAUUAAGCAGCUCUUGGAUGAUUUCCUCUUUCGAGCUUCAAGAAUAAUUCUGAAUAGCCAUUCUCCAGCUGGCAGUGCUGCAAUAAGUCAGCAAGACUUUCACCCAAAGUGCAGUACAAUGAACAGUCGACUUGCUGCUUAUGAGGUCCUUGUAAUGCUUGCAGAGAGUUCCCUUGCAAACCUCCAGCUAAUUACAAAAGAGCUCCUUUCCAUGCAUCAUCAGCCUGACCCAGCAGUUACCAAGGAGUUUGAUUAUCUCCCACCUGUUGAUAGCAGAUCAAAUUCAGGUUUUGUUGGACUGAAAAAUGGAGGCGCAACCUGUUACAUGAAUGCAGUGUUCCAGCAGUUAUAUAUGCAACCUGGUCUUCCUGAGGCUUUGCUUUCCAUGGAAGGCGACACUGAUAAUCCAGAUGAGAGUGUAUUUUACCAAGUCCAAUCAUUGUUUGGUCAUUUGAUGGAAAGUAAACUGCAGUACUAUAUACCGGAGAACUUCUGGAAGAUCUUUAAGAUGUGGAAUAAGGAACUGUAUGUACGAGAGCAGCAAGAUGCCUAUGAAUUUUUCACCAGCCUUAUUGAUCAGAUGGAUGAAUACCUUAAGAAAAUGGGUCGAGAGCAAAUAUUUAAGAACACCUUCCAAGGCAUCUAUUCUGACCAGAAGAUAUGUAAAGAUUGUCCCCACAGAUAUGAAAGGGAGGAAGCAUUUAUGGCUCUAAAUUUAGGAGUCACAUCCUGUCAGAGCUUAGAGAUCUCACUGGAUCAGUUUGUGAGAGGAGAAAUUCUUGAAGGAAGCAAUGCAUAUUACUGUGAGAAAUGCAAAGAUAAGAGAACCACAGUUAAGAGAACUUGCAUCAAGUCUCUGCCAAGUGUCUUAGUCAUACAUCUAAUGAGAUUUGGAUUUGAUUGGGAAAGUGGACGUUCCAUUAAGUAUGAUGAGCAGAUCAAGUUUCCGUGGAUGCUGAACAUGGAACCGUACACUGUAGCUGGAAUGGCUCGGCAAGAUUCUUCCUGUGAAGCUGGUGAAAACGGAAGACAUAUCGAUCCUGGAGGAGGAUCUCCACGGAAGAAAGUGGCUCCAACAGAGAACUAUGAACUAGUUGGAGUCAUAGUUCACAGUGGUCAGGCACAUGCAGGACAUUAUUAUUCUUUUAUUAAAGAUAGAAGGGGUUCGGGUAAAGGAAAAUGGUACAAGUUUAAUGACACGGUUGUGGAAGAAUUUGAUCUUAACGAUGAAACCAUAGAAUAUGAGUGUUUUGGUGGAGAAUACAGACCAAAGGUUUAUGACCAAUCCAACCCUUACCCUGAUGUUCGUCGAAGAUACUGGAAUGCCUACAUGCUCUUCUAUCAAAGGGUAUCUGACCAGAACUCGCCUGUUUUACCAAAGAAAAGCCGAGUCAGUGUUGUGCGACAAGAAGCAGAAGAUCUCUCGCUAUCUGCACCAUCCUCUCCAGAUAUCUCACCCCAGUCCUCACCUCGCCCACACAGGCCAAAUGAUCGCCUUUCCAUCUUAACUAAACUGGUGAGGAAAGGGGAGAAAAAGGGCCUGUUUGUAGAGAAGAUUCCACUUAGGAUAUACCAGACGGUCAGAGAUGAGAACCUCAAGUUUAUGAAGAACAGAGAUGUUUACAACAGUGAUUAUUUCAGUUUUGUACUUUCUUUGGCAUCAGUAAAUGCGACUAAACUAAAGCAUCCACUGUAUCAACCCAUGGCAAAAGUAAGUGCCCAGCUUGCAAUUCAGUUCCUUUUCCACACCUAUCUACGGACAAAACGAAAACUCAGGGUUGAUACUGAGGAAUGGAUAGCUACCAUCGAUGCCUUGGUUUCCAAAAGCUGUGAAGCAUGUCAGUGGCUCAUGGAAUAUUUUGUUUGCUCAGAAGGCAAGGAACUCGUAAAAAUUUUCUUGCUUGAAAGCUCCAUAAGAGAAGUGAGAGCUGCAGUAGCGACAAUCUUAGAGAAAACUUUAGAUGCAGCAUUGUUUCAUGGUGAUAAGGUGAAUGGUGUUCAUUUGCUGAUUGAGAUGCUUCUUAGCCUAUUGGAGAAAGAUGUUCCAGAAAGCUGUAAAAAUUGUGCUCAGUAUUUUUAUCUCUUCAGCAACUUUGUGCAAAAGCAGGGUUCACGUGCAGUUGACCUCCUUUUAAGGUACUCUGCUCUGAAGCAUUUUAUUAACUUCUUACUUGGUCCAAAUAGGCAAAACAACCAGAACCGCCGGUGGAGCUCUCCCCAAGCACGAGAAUUUGGAUACCUGCACAGCACCAUAGCUUUACUUGUUCUGUAUUCAGACGUUUCUUCCCAUAGAACAGUUGCUCCUGGUGUCUUCAAACCACAUCCUUCUACAAAUACUUGUGGAUCUCCCCUGCUACUCCAUGCAGAAGUGGAGGCCUUGAUGUUUAUGCCAGAAGGGAAGCCUUAUUUGCUUGAGGUCAUGUUUGCCCUGCGAGAACUUCCUGGUUCCCUCACUGUUCUCAUCGAGAUGGUGGUGUACUGCUGUUUCUGCAAUGAACGCUUUUCUCUCACUCUGCUUCAUUUUAUUAAGAACCAGCUCGAAACUGCUCCUCCACAUGAAUUAAAGAAUGUCUUUACUCUUCUAUAUGAGAUACUGGUUAUUGAAGAUCCCUUGCAGUUACAGAGGUUGAAAUUUACCUUCGAGUCUGAUGGUUUAUUAGCACUGAUGCAUCACAGCAACCAUGUGGACAGUAGCCGAUGCUAUCAAUGUGUUAAGUUUCUUGUUACCCUGGCUCAAAAGUGCCCUGCUGCUAAAGAGUAUUUCAAAGACAAUUCUCACCAUUGGAGCUGGGCUGUACAGUGGUUACAGAAAAAGAUGUCAGAGCAUUGCUGGGCACCACAAAGUAACAUCUCCAAUGAGACAUCCACUGCUAAAACCUUCCAGCGCACUGUUUCUGCACAGGAUACCUUGGCAUAUGCCACAGCCUUGUUGAAUGAAAAGGAUCAGUCAGGAAGCAGCAAUGGCUCUGAGAGCAGCCCAGCCAAUGAAAAUGGAGAUAGGAGCAUGCAGCAGGGUCCAGAUUCGCCCAUGAUAAUUGGAGAGACUAAAAGUGACACUGAUGAUGUUGAUCCUUAAAUAUAAUCUUGGGGUGCAAAAUAAAGACGUGCUGUGAAAUAUGUUCGCGCGUUGGGAACUUUCUCGCUAUAGAUUCGGUUCUGUGAGAAUCCCCGGCAACUAUUUAUAGACUGUUUCUUGCACAAGAAAUGUUUCCAUUUGCAGCCAAGGUCAUUUUUUAGAACUCACUGCAAAGAGGACGUUUUGUCAUUUUGGCACGGUUUGGCAGUAAAACCAUGCACACAGUUUAUUUUUUCAAGAUUUUAUUGAACAACAAAUCUAGCAAGUGGUUCAACUUUGUUUUUUUUUUUUUGUUUUUUAAAGUAUGUGAAAAUUAAAUGAGUGAAUGUAAAAUUUAUGCUUUUUCUGUAAUGCUGCAAAGAGAUUUCUUUUGAUUUUAUACAGAAUAAAAAGAAAAGGCAGAUCUUAACUGCAUUUAGGUGCUUAGGGCCACUUUUUAAUCUUUGGAUAUUUACUUAGGAAUCUUCAAAAUGAUGUAAAGAUAUGUUAAAGAGACUUACAUAUUUGCCUUGUAAAAAUUUAUUAUAAAAAUGUUUAUAAAAAAAGAACUCUUUGUAUUUAAUGUUUCCCAGACUUUGGAUAGUGCUUGAGAAUGCUAGGGUUUAUGCUGCUGUAGGAAGCGUCGUCUCUUGAAGAAAACUGUUUUUUCUUUUAUUCAGAAACUAGAGCUAAAUAUGAUCUUGUCAGGCACAGCCAAGAACGGACAUCUGCAUAGUAAUAGGUUGAAAGAGAGAUGCUUAUUUUACACAAAGGGUUUGUUUAUUGUCUAAAAACCUUUUUUGGUACUUGUCAUUUUUGGUUUUUAUUACUGCACUUUUUUAUGAAGUAAAACUAUGCUAAUUGAUCUUAUUAUCAGUAGUUACCCUAAAGUCACACUUAAUAAGGCUUGAUGUAAGAUUCAGUUAGCUGUCAGCUCUAUCAGCACAUACUGGAGGUCUUCAACAAACCUUUUAGGAAGGUGGCACAAUUCAUGAAGACUUCUCAAGUGAUCCAGUUGUUACACUUGAGACAACCAGACCAGCCAAAUUAUAUAGUCAUUGUGGUGCAUUGGAGCACAUCAGCCGCAUACAAUACAUAUAUGUGCCCUAAGGCUGCCUGAUAUUGUUUAAGACGUUAAAUAGGUUUUUAAAGAUAAAGGCCUUGCCAUAAUUGUGUGUUUAAGCUAAUGCAUUACGUCCCUUUUGCUUAAUGAACAUUUAGUCAUUAAAAGCUAAAGUGUGCGUCGGGUUUCAGCACAGCAGCUAAUCUGCAUGGCAUUAAAUUAGGCUGCAGACUGAAAGCACCUGCUCAUUUUAUGGACAGAAAUCUUUGUAGCCCUUUGUUUUUUUGUCAUUUUCGAAGCUAAGUGAUAAGUCUGGUGAAUUUACUUACAUAGUGGCAGAGUGUGCUUUAAAGAGCGAGUGAAAUAUGAAUACUAGAAAUUAGAAUGUCUAAUUCAGCUUCAACAGCUAAGAUUUACUGUGUCAAGGUCGAGUAGGCAACAUGAUCUAUACUAACUAUAGAGUAGGUGCCAUUCAGGGUCAGUUUCAUCACAGUUCUAGUUCUAUAGAACCUGCUCUUCUCACAAGGAUCUGGGAUCCGUAUUCUUACCUGCUUUUGAAAAGCUCAUGGAGAGAGCAACACUUUCAACAUGUGACUGACAACUAAAUAUACUCCUAUAUAAAAGUGUUGUUCUUAGCACUGAUACUAAAUUUGAUGUGGGACACUGCUGGGGGGUUUUGUUUCUGUUAUGGAAAUAGAUAGCAAAGGCACCCCAUAGUCAAUAUUUACAACUCUUGCAACUGGAACAAUAAACAGUUAUGAUUAGAAUCUUUAUAUUGUAACUGGUUGGAAAUAUAGGUUUUAGUGUUCCUUAUGUGGGUAUAGUAGGUAACUUGCAAACAAUGAACUCUACUCAAAAGCAGAUUCCAAUAUUGUGAACUGUAAGAGAGAAGUGUUAUAAACUCACAAUACUGGAAUCUUUGAGGUUCUCCUGGCAAACUUCAUUGCUAUAUCUGAUAGUGCCUGAUCACCAGAAGGAAAAAACUCCUACACUAGAAGUUUAAACAUUUGGUAGGACAAAUCCAUGCUUGAAUCACUUGUUUCUGCAGAACUGGAGGUUGCCAAUGGUUUCCGGUUUAUGCUAAGAUGCCCGGAAGAUUGCCAGUUAGUACAGAUUAUCAGCAUAUGUCAUGUCAUGUAAGGUAGACAUUGUUAUGUAUAAAAAAACAAUAGUUUUAUCUACAGUAUGGUUCACUUGAGGAAAGAGGCCUACCUGUCUGCCUUCCUGUCUGCUUGCCUGUCUUUUUGCCUGCCUUCCUAUUUAAGCAAGGAGAUCAUUUGUGAGGUUGCAAAAUACAUCUUACUGUUACUGAGCCAUGAUUUUGAAUUGAUGGUAAUUUCUUUCAUAAUGUACAGAUGUUCUGCUCUCCAAAAUAAUAAUAGUGUAUAUUAACAUUUCAGAAAAAGACUAAUUUGGGAAAGUGUAUUAUUCUCUGUGUCCCACUACGAAUGGGCUAAAGAAAUAUGGAAUGUAAUGGUUUCCGGACAGCACUGAGCCAUGAUUUGCAGCUGCUUGAAAUGUAUUAUUUUUGGUUUUAAGAACAUGCAGAUAUGUUUUAAAUCAGUACAUUUUAUUAAGAUAUUGAUUACGUACAAUACUGUACUAAAAAUACAGUUUAUUUUGCAUUUUUUUGCCAAAUUUGAGAUGGUUUGUAUGUGUGUAUUUCAUUUUUAUUUGUUCAGCCUUGUAUUUUUGAUCAACAAAUUGAUGCACUGAUUUUUUUUUUUGUUAAUGUUUAUGGAUUCACUUGCGCUACAUGAUGUUGGCGGCCAAUCUGGUAGUGGAGCAACUGUUUUAUUUAUAUACUGGUAUUUCAUUGCACAUAGAAACUGUUACAUAUGCCUUUCCUCUUGCUCACAAAGGGCCAUCCUCCAUGCCAUGUUGUUCUGGAGAUUAUGAAGUUCCCAACUGAUCGACACAGCAAAGUUCUACUUUAAAGUUGAUAGUUGUGCUACACAAAAAGGGCGCAUGAAAGUCUGGUACUUCUAUCUCCUAUCUACUCUGAUAUGCCUGCAAUUGUAAUGGGUUUGAUGCAAAGUGGGAUGUUUUUAGAUUUCAAACUAGAGGCACAACAAAAUCUGCUUUUUUUUUUUUUUCUUUGUAACCACUGUUUGUGAUUUAAAGGAAAAGGUAGCAAAAAAUGUGCCUUUUAAAUUUGUGCUUAAAAUUUAGUAUAGUACUGUAAAAAUAAAAAGGUUUUGUGUGCAUUUUGUUUUAUGCUUUCUUGGGGCGUGUAUUUCAACAAGUAUCCAAGGGGCUGCAAUACCCCCUUUGUGUCCAAUUGUUGGAAACUUUUGUCUACUGCCUGUAUAUAUCUCUAUCGUGUGCUCUGAAAUACCUGUAUGCAUUCCACCUUUGAGUACAACUCAGAACAAUGAUGCUUCUUUCAGUAAUCACUUCCUGAAUGAAUGUUAAUCCUUAUUAAAAUCUGUUAUGUUAAACUAA